CAAGUUGGCUUUUUCCGAAACCUAAGAACCGAAGAGAGAUUUCUAGCUCAACAUACAGUUUCAGGGGCUAAUGCAGUAUAUUUAGGCAAUAGAUUUUUUAGGAUACGAUCGGAUAUCCUGUGUGGAUAUUUACUCGACAUAUAGUUUUGCAUACCUAGAGAAAUAGCCUAUAGGUAUAAGCGUUUCACCAUACGCCCCCGUGCCCUGCCAUUUAAUUAGAUCCCCGGGGUGCGGAUCAGCUUGGCACCGUCACUACGUGCAAGCGAAACCGGUUGUUUGUUUGUUUUUUGCUCCGGGAACACUGGCCACGGUCCUCGCGCGACUUCACUUCUGCACCGGCGGCGCGGGAAGAAAAUCGAGCCCGCAGUCCAGCUGCAGCUCUUGGGGCAGUUCUGCACGACUCAAUCGGAUAGAUGACGAUCUAACUGUUCGGCCGCCGACAAAUGCAGAGUGUAAUGUUUUGGUCGAUGUGUGAGUUGCUGUGGGAAUGAGAUUGCGUGGCAGGGAUUUGGAGGAUUCCACUGUCUCCUGGAUACCAAGUGUCCUGGGUGUGCAGAGUGUCAGGCUCCGCCUUCGCCUUGAUCGGCGUGACGACGGGGGGAGGGGCUUUUGGCAACUCGUUGACCUGGAGGGAGUGGAAGCACAGAGUGGGCAGCAGUUACGGGAUAGGACACCACCAACUUGUUCACAAAGUCUGAUGAGUUUUCCUGCUGCUGUAUCAGUUCAGUCAGGGGGUGGAGAGAUGCAAUCACCUGGGGCCAUUAGCCACUCCUUCCUCCCGCCCCCCAGUGGAAAAAUUCCAGGUCGCAAGAGGGGUCGCCCACCCUUGAAAAGGCACCCGGAAUAUCAGAGUCACUAUCCAGAAUCCCUCCCACCCAUUAAAGUGCCUAAGAAGAGAGGGAGGAAGCCUGGUUUUAAGCUGAAGUCUCGUUUGAUGACACCCUUGGCCAUCUCCCCUCCCAGUAGCACCCCAGAGCCAGACAUGAGCUCCAUUCCCCAGGAUGCUGCCACUGUCCCACACUCAGCCACGCCACAGGUCCUCACAGUUUGUAUCUACGUGAAUAAGCAGGUGAACACGGGUCCUAACCUGGACAGGCAGAAGGUGCUGCAGUUGCCAGAUCAUCUAGGUCCGGCGAGGCCUUCUGUUGUGCUGCAGCAGGCAGUACAGGGCUGCAUUGACAGUGCAUACCAGCAAAAAGCCGUCUUCACUUUGCUCACUGAGGGCUAUGGGGGUGAAAAGAUAUCAGCCACCUUUGACGGUAAGCAGCAUCUGUUGAGCUUGCCAGUGGUAAACAGCGUGGGCUACGUCCUGCGCUUCCUCAAGAAGUUGUGCCGAAACCUGCUGUGUGAGAACCUCUUCAGUGACCAGCCUUUUGCCCCUUCAUCAUCCCCCUCCUCCUCUUCCUCCUUCCACACUGAAAAGCACUCAGAUGGCCAGCCCAAGUCAACAAACUCGAUGGUGGAUGACUACCAUGGAGAUUCAAUGGACCCUAAGCGCUAUUCUGUUGACCCCAGUGAUUCUGCCUUUGGUGCGAUGUCCUUGCCAUACACAGCUACCAAACCUUCUUAUGGUUUUCGUUCUGGCUCCGCUUACUCUUCUGGAGGUGUUUGCAGGCAGGCAGCCAGUCCCAGCACAUUCCAGGAAGGAAAUAAAAGUGCCUACAGUCCAUGCCCAGAGGGAGGGGAGGCAAAGCCCCCACCAAGUAAGGACCCCUCCAGGUGGAGUGUUGAUGAGGUGGUGUGGUUUAUCAAGGAUGCAGACCCUCAAGCGCUGGGCCCACACGUGGAUCUCUUUAGAAAGCAUGAGAUUGAUGGGGAUGCUCUCCUUCUUCUGAAGAGUGAUAUGAUCAUGAAGUACCUGGGACUCAAACUGGGCCCUGCUCUCAAGCUCUGCUACCACAUCGACAAGCUAAAACAGAACAAGUUCUGACCUGUCUUUGACACAUCAUACCCCCUAUCCACACAAACACUUAUGGAUUCUCUCACAGUAUUUACUCUCAUGACAACAGUCCCCCCCUUUAUGUACAGGAUGUUUUGUCCUCUGGUCAUUCAAAGACAGGCACCAGAUCUUCUCUAACAUUUCACCAACCACAGGAUUUCCUUGUGCUAAUAUAAAGUGUUCGAACAUUUAAUUGGUCAACUGACAUUGGAUCACUGCUCUAAUCGAAAAGCUGCAUUCUGAGAUUUUAGUUCUCCUUAAGCAAGUGAUCAGUUUUAGUUUGAGUUUUAAGUGUUAAUCACAAAUAUUCAAACGGAUGUAAUUGGAACAAAUGUAUUAGAUUACAAACAAACUCAUUCAUAUUUUCCAGAGGCAUGGACACAUGGUCUAAAACCAUAUGAACUUCAGCCACCUGCUGGUGAAGUGGAAUCAUUGCAACUCCAUUAAACUAACCUUCAUUGUAACCAGGUACCGUUCAGCUUUUAUUUUCAGAGAGCAGCUACUUCAAAGGCCAACAGUGUGGGAGAUCAGUUACAAUCAGAGUUUUGCAUUCUACAGUCACAUCUUUUGAUUGAACAGAUACGCACACAGUCUGAACCAGCAAAUCACAGGCACAAAUGCAACUUGGCUCAGCAAUGGACCAGUCACAUCAAGUGUUUGAAGUCCACCCAAGUCAGAACUUAACAGGAUGUGCUACAAGGAAUGUAUUGCUAUGUUCAUGAACAACAGUGCAUUAAAAACACAGUAAUGCACACCAGGUGCUCAACCAUCAAGUGAAAUUGUACAAAAACAACAAUACUUUACAUACAGUGAACUGGAACACUGAUACUGUAUGUUUCGCACAGUGGACCAAAUGCAUGGAAAACAACAACAGAGAGGUCUCAUUACUUGGAGGAUUUUGUCAUUUAACCUUCUCACUCACAAAGGAAAAGCCCUAAAUGGAACAGUUGCUCAGAUACCACAAAAACAUUUACAGAUCAUUGCAAAAUGUACAGAUUAUUUUUUUAAGUUGUGUAAAUUGUCAUGUUUUUAGAUGAACAUUUUCACUGUGCAUAUUAUACUUGGUUUAAAUUGAUUGCCUUUCAUAAACUUAGAGUACUUAGGUGAACACAAGAUGAGGUAAUUUAGAUGUGCUUUGACGUUAUUAUUUUACUGUUACAGCCAUAUUUCAAUGUUUCAAAGUCACUACAGCUUGGCCUCGAACACCAUACAAAUUUGCAAGAGAGACAUAUAAGGACAUUUAAGUGGCAUUCAGAAUACUGUGUUAUUUUUCAGAAAAGAAAACUUAAGUUUGAUCUGAUGAUGUCAUCUCCUUAAGUGGAUUACACCCAAGUGUACAACUUUUCUGUCCGUGCAAUCAUGUGUAAAUAUUAUAAUUUAUGUUGAAGUCACAGAUACAAUCUACAAAUUAAAAGUUUCAAAAGGAGUACAUUAAAACUAUUUAGAUCCAUUUAUCUGAUGCAUACAGUAUGUUCAACAUUUACAUGUAAUCAGCUACCAGUUAGCUUUGCUGUGCUAGACUUCAUUGUUGUACAUUCUGCCUCUUAAAGCAACUGCUAUGCUAACUUGUGCAUCUGUACAGAAUCAUUGUCUAUAAUUCUACAUUAUAAUUAAUUAAUAAUAUAUUAUUAUUAUUAUUAUUAUUAUAAUUCCCCAUGUUGGAGCAGUUUGUAAUAGUGCUUUCAAUUUAAAAUGUGCAAGUGAAGAAUCAGCAACAUUUUUGGCACCAGAACAUUAUAAAUGGAAUGAAACCGUAAAAUCUGGUGUUGCUUAAUGAAUUCUCUUAAGGUUCUAUGGAAUUCGAAAGAAUGAUCCAGAUUAAUUACCCCAAGGCUCAUGUUAUGAAUACAAGUGGUAUUAGCUUUAAAGCAGACAGUUUUUUGAUUUACAAUCAUGUAGUCAAUCAGUGGGAAUAUCUUGUUGUUUCAAAAGCCCUUUAACAGAGUAAUAGCAACACAAGCACUCCUUUCUCUGGCUACACUUAAUGUUAUUUCUAGUAGGAAGCCUUGACAUUUCCAUAAUAAUCUUUAAUUAUUUUGGGACAGCUUAUGCCCUCAUGCAGAUAUUUUGCUGACAUAGGCAGGCUCAGAAGCUCCUGGCUAGAUAUUACCAAUGAUUGUGUCAGAAAUAUGAGUGAGGUUUUUAGGAUAUUAUGCUCUUCCGUUCUGCUAUGGUUUAAGCUUUUUUGUAUGUGUGUGAGUAUGUUAGGCUUGUAUGUUUGCCUCCACAUCAUUCCUUGCCAUUUCUUGUUCCAUUAAUUUAAUAUAAAUUAAUGGAAAAUGUAAGUGUACAUUUAUAAAUGCUGCUCUUGAUGAUAGUCCCAUGCAAAAUAGUCCCCUGUUGUUUUAGAGAGACAUUUGUUAACUGAAGAGUUUUAAUGAAAAAAUGUGUGUAUAAAUACACAACUAGAUGGGGACUGCAACAUGGACCAUUCAUGUUGGUGCUACAAUAUGACUGUGUAUUUAACUAAUAAUGAUUUUAUGCAAACAUUCUUAUGGUUGGUUUGCUUUAUUUCUUCAGUUUGGCUUCAGUGUUGUGACUCUUGUGACUAAGGACAGGCUCUGCAUUGCGUGUCUGUUUGUUAGAUUAAUAAUAUAGAGCAUUAUGAAAGAGACUGAAUAAAGCAUAAUGAACACCCUAUACUGAACUCUAACUGUAUUUGUAGUUCUAUAUAUUGCUAUAUCACUAAAUAGAUUGCUGUUUGUACUUCUUGCUCUUGUGCAGACAGAAACAACUCAGUGCUAGCCAGAACCCAUAUACAAAUGUUACAUCGUGUACAAGGCCAUUCUUAAACAAUUCAAAUAAAGUAUUUUCUGCACUUGAGAGAAUGCAGAGAAUAUUCUAACACCUUUCUAAUUUAAUUCUUCAAAUCUCAAAAGUACAGUGUGCCAUGGCCAUGAUGAGGUAUUAUUAUUUUCUCCAAGAUUUAAGAUAAUAAAAAAAC